AGUUUGGUGGAAAUGCCUAAUAAUCCAAACUCCAAACUCAAAAGACAAGAACAAUAUACUGUUAUUCUUUUUCUUAAUUUAUGCAGUACCUGGUUUGGCAUUAGUUUGCCGUUCAAGUGAUGCCACAGCCAGAAAAAUCGCUCGGUAACAACCUUCCAAUAAUUCGCAUUCCAGGAGACGGUAGAUGUUUGUUUAGGGCUGUGGUCUACGGUGCAUGCCUCAGAUCAGGUGAACCAUCUCCAAGUCUUAGUAGGCAAAGAGAACUUGCAGAUGAACUUAGAGCCAAAGUUGUUGAUGAAUUCAUCAAGAGGAGGGCAGACACAGAGUGGUUUCUGGAAGGUGAUUUUGAGACCUAUACGAUACAGAUGCGAAAGCCGCACAUAUGGGGAGGAGAACCUGAACUUCUGAUGUCCUCACAUGUUUUACAGAUGCCAAUAACAGUGGUAAUGCAGGAUAAGAAUUCGAGUAACCUUAAAGUUAUAGCUGAAUACGGUGAGGAAUAUGGGAAGGACAACCCUAUUGGAGUGAUUUAUGAUGGUUAUGGCCACUACGAUGCAUUAUUGAAGAGUUCUACUGCUUAUGUGCAGUCUUAGCUAGCUUUAGCUUUCCAAUAACUGUUCAGAAUGUGCACAUAUUAUAUUACACAUCAAUGUGGAAGCUAAUUGAAAUUCUGAAGUUUGAGCAAACUUAAUUACAAAUUUGGGUUUUUGUUGAA